AUGGAUUUGAAAGAAUCAAUAAUAAAUGUCAGCAAGUAUAAUUUAAAAAUAGUUGUAGGAAACAUUUGCGGAUUUGAUAGAGACUGCGAAUUUCAAAAUCACACAAGAUGUUCUGAAGACAACAAAUGUGUGUGCGAAAAGAAUUACAUUAAAAUUGGCCUUUCGUGUCGGCCAUUAAUAGGAUCGUCUUGUCAGAAAACUGAAGACUGUUUUCCUGAAAAUUCUGUUUGUGUUAAUCACAUUUGCGAAUGUGAAAAAGAUUUUGUACCACAAUCUUAUGAGCGCUGUGCACCAACUUAUUUUAACUGGAAAUGUAAUCCGGGAGACGAAGUGUGCCAAGAAGCUCAAUUUUUUUCCUGUACAGAUGGUGGUAAAUGUUUUUGUCCACCAAAUUAUAUUGUAUUGAAUACCAAGUGCGUCCCACUAUUAAACGAGCAUUGUACUGAGAAUAAACACUGUCACAUCGAUUUCUCGGCCUGUGUGAACAAUAAGUGUCGAUGCAAGCCAGAAUAUGCUGCGCAAGCCAACAAUCUAUGCUUACCAAGUAUGACCUUUAUUUUAAGAUUUAUAUAAAUUC